AUGCAGAACAUGACAGAGAACAUCCUGGGAACUCUCCUACCUCUCCAGGCUCCAUCCAACGUUGUUCAGAGAAGGAAGAACCAACGUUAUGGCAAGAAGAAGAGCACAACCUAUCUGGGACUGAUUGCUUAUGUCAUUCAGGACUCUCCAGACAAGAUGCUCACAUUUAGUCAGUUGAUGGACAAGUUGGGAGCAUUCCUCUCAGGAGACAGAAAAGGCAUCGAGAACAACAUAAGGGUCUGCUUAUCAUCCAACGAUUGUUUUGUCAAGGUUCCAGUCAGUCCAUAUAUGCCACACUCAAAGAAGAACUUCUGGAAAGUCGAUGAGAGUCAAAUUACAGCCAAGAUGGCGAGACGCCACUUCAAGGGCAUACUGGACUUGUUCCCCGAGUUGUCCACCAAAGUGCGAAUGGAGGCAGACAGGAUAUCAGAGCGCUUUGCCGCGGUCUACUCACCAACACCAACCCUCACCAGCCCUCAUACCCAGAAGAGAAGUGAGGUGAAGUUCAGCAGUCCUUUCUCCAUCGAAUCCAUCUUGAACAGAGACAGUCCUUCUCGUUUGAGCCCAAGACCCGCUCCAUUGUCGGUUGUGUCCAGCGCGCCAACGGAUCAACUGCCAUUGCGCGCGGAGAGAGGACUUGGAACCAAGAGGAUGAGCUGGGACUCUCCACCUGUGGAGAUAAACAUUUCCCCCCGCGCAGGUAACGGUUGCCCCAGCUCCCUGACAGUGGGAACCACAGUCCACGGUCUCAUUGGUGAUGAUGAUGGAAGGCCUGUCAAAAAGAUGCGCAUGUGUGCUGAUCCCUCCUAUCUGAUCUACUCCAGACCCACCUUUGCUCCUCGUUUUGCCGACCCACCACUUAACUGUUAUUUGAAGUACCCUGUGCCCACAUAUGCUUGUGAUGUUCACCAUUUUGGAUUGUAA